AUGGAGCAGCCUUCGUCGUCCCCCUCGUCUCCGGCGAAGUACGCAUACGGAAUCCGCCUGCUGGACUGCGUCGAGGAGCUCGUGCUAUCCACUCUCUCGUCUUCUCUCGACGGAACGCUUGGAGCGGACCUUGGGCUCUCCAGUGAUUACUGCGCCCGCCUCCUCCAGGACGCGGACCCGCUCGCCGAUCCCUGCCUCAUCAACCUUCCGGCACGAAGUGAAGUCUGUGCCUUCCUCUUCCAGUUUUUGCUCCCUAGAAAAACGACCGUGUCCACUUUAUUGCAAACGCGAAGUUUUUGAAAGUGGACUACUCGAUGAUCCUGCUGGAAAAAAACCAAGGGGAUUAUCGUCCCCUCUCCGUCAAAAAGAUGAAAAUGCUCUGAGAAAAAUUGGCGUGAAUUGGCUGCGAAUUCACUUUUAUACGCUUCAUUUUCCUGGCAGAAUGUUUCUGACGCUUUCAGAGGUGUCCCGGCGUACCCAUUGUACAAGCGCUUGGCCCUGGCUUUGGAACGGUGCGUUCGUCACGGCUCUUUCUUGAGAACCUCGGAACCGAUAAAAGAGAUACCGGAAGUCGACUUGAAGGAGGAGUGUGAUUGGAAUGACUUGAUUAUAAGUUCAGAACUGGCAAGCGUAAGCUGAGACUUUUGGAAAGUGAUCUUUAUGUUUAGCUCCGUUUACUACCUUCUCUUACGUACUUGGUUAUUCUUUCGCACGAAAUUCACAGUUGUACAGCUCAGUGGAGUUUGAAAUACAUGUUCAAGAACCUUUCUUCUCUCAGCUUAGAGGUAAAUCCGUUCCCUCUGUCCAUAACCUCUAUAGAUUAAAUUUCUGCUUCGAUCAAGAGGCUGGAGAUAGUCCUAGAACUGAUUUUUUGUGUCAAUCGGGGAAGAUGAAAUGUAGACCGACCCAUCAUAACGCGUUAGUCAGAGGAAAUCAUGUCAAACUAGUACAGUAGUUAGCAUGAUCUCGGGAUGAUGCAACAUGUACUGACUGUAGUCUAGACAUUUACUUAUGGUAACGAACUAAUCUAUGGCAGCGAACAAUAUGGUUCUACAUUUUAAGGGUUCAAUAACUAUGUUAAAUGUCAAUUUUAUUGUCACAGCUGGAGUGAAGACUGUCGAAGGAAGGUGUGCUCUUGGAAACUAUAAUCAGUAAGAUAAAAAAUUCUAUAAUUUCUCCUUUUGUUUCGAUUAAUUUUUUUCCCCAUUACUUUUUUGCCAUUACAUUAGCUGACGAUAUUUUACUGAUAAUUGUGGUUUAGAAUUAAUUAUGUAUUUACGCAAUGAAUGACUACAAAGUGUACUAUUGUCUACAUAUCCUAUUCGUAUCCUAUCAACUUCCUUUGGCCACUGGUUCUUAUGUCUUAUUACCCUUAUAUCUAUUUGUUUGAUUCAGAAUUACUCCAGGGGCUUUGCUUCUUGUCAACAAACAUUUUCUGCUUCGAGUUGAGGUUGUACCUUAUUGCACUUUCUUGUCAUCAUUCCAUAAAUUAGACUCUGUGCCUUGAGGCAGCAGCUUCAUUUCUGUCUGUUUCCAAUUUGCAAUGCAAGUUUUUGAUGGUGAUUCUUUUUCAUGAUGAAAUAAACAUGUCAAAAUUGCACAGAUUGGAACGUUCUUUGAAUAGAUGAUGUAACAUACUAAAUGAAGUCAUGAUAAAUGUCACUCUGUUUCACUUCGCUCCUGAGCAUGUAAAUCAUUUCUUCUCCAAACAAGUUAAGGAUUACGAAAUGCUUGUUUUGAUGUGCACAGAAAGCUCUUUUUAUGGUAAUGAGGAGCUACGCAUUUACUCAUGGAAGUUCGUAAUUUACUCUAUGCCUUGUGUUUCUGCGUAAAAUAUAACAUAGUUCCCAGAUAAUGAUAAUUGUGAUGGUAAAAGGAUGGAUUAAUGGGAGAGGACUAGAAUGAAUGGAGGGGUAAUAUACGAUAACUGAGCGACAACUUAUUUGGAUAAAUUUUCCACAUCCUAUUAGAUUCCAGUGGAUUAAAGGAUGGAUGCGUUAGUGGCUUACAGAGAUGAUGUCAAAUGGCAUGCAACUGUAGACACUGUCUAUUUUGAUCUUUCCUUGGAAAGGUUUUUUUUUGGUAUAGAAAUUAUGGACAUUGUUGUCCGACAUCAUUCACCAUUAUAUAACUAAGGUCCAUUGUCUCUUCACACAGUCUCCAUCAAAGCAAAGAAUGCAGUUUUCUUAUCUCUUUUGCUCUUUUAUUUAAUGUUAUCUCCUUUUAAGCCACAUGAGAUGGCUUGAUAUUUAUUUUAUAUUUCAUGCCACGAUAUUUCUUGGCUAUUAAUUUUUAUUUUAUAUUCUUGUUCAGCAUGUCAAGCACUACUCUUCGUUCUUGGAGAUGCUGGAAGCAGAGACUCUCGAAAGUGUUCUUCCGGGCGUUAAAACAAUUGAAGAAGGUAAUAUUGGAGUGUGCUGAUAAAUUUUUUGGUAUAACUAUUGACAUAUUAUUUCUUAGAUAAUCGAAUAAGUUUCAUGCUACCACAAAGUUACUGCCCGGUUCAUUAACACGGUUUGAUUCUUCUGGAUUCGUGAAGGGCCUGAACUUUGAUUCCUUCUGCUUCCAAUAUUUAAUUCGGCAUUUCUGGAAAACCUCCAACAUUGCGUAGAUCACUUAGGUAUAACGAAUUAUGGGCUUCUCCAUGUAGGGGCAGCAAAAACUUGGAGUUAAUAUUCAUGUUUUUUACCAUUUCUGCCUUCGAUUAUUUAUCUAGUGCCAUAAAUGAUUGAUCUCGGGUUUAAAACAUGUUGCGGCGUUGAUGGUGUCAGGGGUGAAAAUAUACAGAAAAUUUUAUUCAGAAGAGAAAGAGAACUCCAAUGGCGUUCUUGCUAUUUCCGUUUCAAGAGCAGCUUCUCAGCCAUGCAUCUCUAUGAGUGCUUUACUUUCUGUAUGGUUUUCCCAUCUUCUUACGAAAAUUUUCAUUUCCCUAAAACUUACUGAUUAUACCGAUUAAACCAACUCUCAAACCAAGUUGAUUUUUCUUUCAGGGGCUAAGUUAUGAGGGCAUUAAUUGCCUUCUUGGUAUGGCGCAUACUGUGGGAACGAUUCCAGAUGCACUUCCUCCACCGAGAUCAGCUCUCCUAUCAUCCUUCAUCUUAUCUCGUGGACCAGAUGUAAGUUUCGAAAUCCAUGAUGGUUUGUGAGGAGUUUUGGGUCUCUUAUUUAGUCACAGUACAAGAAUUUCUCGCCUGAUAUCUAUCAAAGUUUCAAACAAGCCUCUGAAGAAAAACCUGGCCAAGAAGCUGUGUUAAAUCGUGCCACAAAAAAAUAAACUACGUUAUGCCUGGAAAGGUGUAAUUUUGUUCGGUCUGCUUCGUCCAUUUAGCAUCCCAUGCAACCAAGCACAAAGUAGUAGUUCGUAAACACCCACAUGAUUUGCUAUUUUUUAAGGACGCUUAUAUUUUGCGUUCCGGUGUUCAGGAUAGUAUGAAGUGAGGAGUUAGAACACCUGGGCUUUUCAGAUCAUUUUCUCUAUCCAUCAUAUGCUUUUUGACCACUCCGUUGUCGACUGGUUGAUCAGAUUCGUGGAAAUCUUGUGAUUCCCGAUGAAUGUAGAGUCAAUAUUUCCACGAUCUCUCCAUUCCAUUUUGUUGCCUUUUUUUUGACCCCAGGUUAAAGGCAGUUCGUUGACUGAAGGCGCGAGGGCAUUGACAAAACAUGUCUGCCGGAGCAGUAGCGGCUGGUGGGGCAAUCUUACUGGAAAUGGUAAGCAGAUCUCCAGCAGAGUUGCCACCUUGCUACCAUCCCGCUUGAUGUUUGAUGGUGGCCUUCUUUGUUUCAGACACCGACAAGAACCAAUUUUCCCUCUCAGUGAUCGAUCGUCUGCUGAACGGCUGCUCUUGGAUGAAUACCCAUGCAACUCAAUCCCUCGAGCACGUCUUUGAAAUACGCGUCGAGGAAGGCUAUGGCGCUCGAUGGUCUCGAGAUGGUUCAAAGGUCUUCUCAGCCCCACUCUUACGCUCCUCCUUGUCGUUGAAGCUCGUCGCCUGUAUCUGAGUGCCCUUUCUUCUGCUGUAGUUUAUUGGCUUUCUCGAGCCCUACAUGGAGGAAGGCCAUGGACGGAGAUGGCGACACUAG